AGCAGCGGUGUGUAUUUCCACUCAUGUGAUCCGAUCCCAGUGAGAUUUCAUCUUGAUGAGGAGGAGGAGGAUGCUCUGAAUCACCUUCACUCAGUGCUGACCGAUGACUUCAUGACGUGGCCCAUUUAAGGACCAAUCGGAAAUCGCGCCGCGCUCCCUUUAAGAGCAGCUGCAUUGCCUGGAGAGUAGAUGCGCGCGCGUCAUGUAUCAGUCUCUGACCUGCUCACUUAUGGACCAUACAGCGAUGCGAUGCGCUGGACUCCUCCACACACCUCUGUCGAUGGAUCUGGAGUAAAAGCUCUGGCAUCAGAUGCAGUGACACAUUUAUCGGAGUGGUUUGCCAGGGCAUUGGCAUGGCCUAGUAAUGAAUGGUGACGGGGCUCCCAGCAGCCCGGAGCACUCCUCCUGCACGCUGCCUGACUGGAAGGAGUUCUGUGAGCUUCACGCUCGAGCUUCUGCUGCUGAUUUUGCUUACAAGUUCCGGCGAUUCAUCAGCGAGAACCCAUGCUACGACUCACCUGGUGCUGAUGCCAAUUUCUCGCAACACUUUGCUCAACACUUCCUGACCUGCUUCUCCACCACCCUCGACCAAGUUCAAGGUCCCGGGUCUCCGGGAGACUCCUCCGCUCUGAAGUACAGCAUCGUGCCCUUUGUGGGCAUACAGAGCUGCACGCUGCCCCUCAGCCACGACCUCUACCAUCGGCGGAAAGACGUGGGGGCCUCGAGCGAAUCACUGGAUAGCAUGGACAGUGGAGGGGGCGGAGCCAGUGGACAGGAACAGCAGACCCCCACCCAUAAAAUGUCAACUGUGAGCCAAUCCAGGAGUUCGGAGGAUGUGUCAUUGGGACGACGUAAGGCUCGUUUCAAGAAGGGCUUUUCUCUCCGAAACAUGAGUCUGAGCGUGGUGGACGGGGUGAAGGAGAUCUGGCACCGCAGGGCCUCUCCAGAACCAGACCCCUUGGGGAGCUCCAGGAGGACCAAUGGACCCGAGUCCAUGGGGUCCGAACACUGGAGCCAGAAGCUGCGGCUGCCGCGGGGCUCUCAGGGCCAUAAAGUGGAGCUGUUGGAGAUCCAGAGGGAGGGUGCGCUCAAAUACAUGGUGGCUGAUGACAAUAACUGUAUGGGUGCAGCGCAGUGGCAGAAAUGCAGGCUGCUGUUGAGGAAGACCGCCGCGCAAGUGGAUGCAGGAGAGAAGUUCCAGCUGGAGUUCUACGUUCCACCAAAGUCAUCUAAACCCAAAGUGAGCAUCCCUCUGUCUGCGAUCGUGGAGGUGAGGACCACCAUGCCUCUAGAGAUGCCUGACAAAGACAACACAUUCGUGCUCAAGGUGGAGAAUGGUGCUGAAUACAUCCUGGAGACCAUCGACUCUCUGCAGAAGAACUCGUGGGUGGCAGACAUCCAGGACUGCAUUGACCCCGGGGACAGCGGGGAUGACAUCGAGCUGGCGUCGUGUGCUCACAGCCAGCCGCACAGAGACGUCUCGCUCUCGCUGGUGUCCUCCUGCAGCUGUGAGCUUCUGUGUGACGGGUCCCAUCGGGGGUCCGAGCGGCUGUGCUCUGUGGCUGCUGAUCAGUCGACCGUCACCCAGCACCCCUCACACGUCCCGCUGGAGCACUUCCUGCGGUCACCAGAGCCCCAGGACACCAACACAUCAUCAGGAAGCCCAGGUGAGACUCCAGGGGAAGCGGAAGGAGACGCCAGUUUGGCAGGUUACCCAUGGUUCCACGGGACGCUGUCUCGGGUGCGGGCGGCCCAGCUGGUCCUCGCCGGCGGGACACAGAGUCACGGUCUGUUUGUGAUCCGUCAGAGCGAGACGCGUCCUGGAGAAUACGUCCUCACCUUCAACUUCCAGGGCAAAGCCAAGCACCUGCGGUUGUCUGUGAACGACAGCGGUCAGUGUCACGUCCAUCACCUGUGGUUCCAGACGGUCACAGACAUGUUACGACACUUUCACGAGCAUCCCAUCCCACUCGAGUCCAGCGGCUCCACCGACAUCACGCUACGCUCUUACGUUCAAGUCCAGCGCUCGGCCUCAGGUGUGGCAUCUCCUCCUCCCGUCCCAGCUGCCCCGCGGGACGCCUCUGUCUGUUGGGCCGAGCCGACCCAGGUGAGCCAUCAGCUGUCGGACGCGGUGCUGUUGUCGAGCUCGUCCUCGUCUCCGAUGGCUCAGCCGGCCGCAGGAGCGCUGAUGGGCCGCAGCAGCAGCGCAGAGAGACUGCUGGAGCCCGGGGCCGGGGCCGGGGCCGAGGACUACCACGACAGCGAGGGCACGCGUCGGACUCGAGCCGUGGAGAACCAGUACUCUUUCUACUGAUGUCCUGAGGAUCUGCUCCAGUCAAACCUCUAACUAGCUGCAGAGCUGUCCCUUGUGCUGUCUCUGCUUUGGUUUACCCCUCUUUCUUACUCAUAGAUGUUUCUGAAUGAGUCUCUUCUGCUCACCAAGGCUGCGUUUAGUUCAUCAAACACACACUAAUAUUGUGAAAUAUUAUUCUAAUGUUAAUCAGCUGUUUUCUGUGUGAAUCUGUGUUAAAGUGUAAUGUAUUUCUGUGAUGCUCUGUUGUAUUUUCAGCAUCAUUCCUCCAGUCUUCAGUGUCACAUGAUCUUCAGAAAUCAGAAGAAUAUGAGGAUUUACUGCUCAAAUCAGUGUUGAACACAUUUGUGCUGCACAAUAUUUUUAUGGAAACUUUGAUACAUUUUAAAAAAAAUUAGGAUACACAGAUGAAUAUAAAAAGCUCAAAAGAACAGCAUUUAUUUGAAAUAGAAAUUUUUUGUGACAUUAUAAAUAUAUUUACUGUCACUUUUGAUCAAUUUAAUGCAUCCUUGAUGAACACAAGUAUUAAUUCAUUUUCUUUUCUUUUUCGUUCUUUUUUUUUUUUUAGAUUACCCCAAUCUUCUG